UCCCCUACUCCGGUCUCUCCUUCUCCCCUGCCUUCUCUCCCAUCAACUGUUUCCUUUGAUCUUGCUCCUUCUUUUACUACUUGUCUUCCCUCUCCUCCUCCAUUAUCUCCUACAGUCUCAUCCUCCUCCUCAGUCCACCCUCCACCUCCCCCUGUCAUCCCACCAUUCUCUCCAACUCCUCUAUCGCUGAGUGCUAUAGAUCGCCUGGUUGGGAGCACCUCGGUAUGGCAGCCCAAAGGACUCAGCCAAGACCAAACUACUAGUAUAAUGGAGAAAGAGACAGCUGGGGCCUUCCUUGUUCACAGCGCAGAGGACAAGGGGAUGACGCUGUCAGUACGCCUGCCUGCUGAACAGGGGGUGCCGCUUGUACACAGUCUGAUGGUCAAACAACACAAGACAUUUGUCCACUUAGACGGCUCCUCUCUGGUUUUUGAUGACAUCUUCAAACUGAUCUCUUUCUACUGUGCCAGCAGGGACAUCCUGACCACCCCACUGAGGUUACCCCGGGCCAUUACCACGGCAACUAAGAGAGAGGAGCUGGAGGUCAUCUCUGCAAUGGGCGCAGAUUUCUGGACAUCUGAUGUGAACCAGCAGGCAAAGAGCUCGGACCUGGUUUUGGAUCAGAGGCACAACAGCCCGUAUUUGUAUGUCAACCCAGUCACAGUAGAAGAGUUCCCCAACAAAGACCUGAACCACUCCUCUGUCUCCAAACUUGAUAUCAUCACCAAUCAAAGCAUCACCUCCUCCAUGCAGAAUGGAGAAGCUCCACAGAUUAGCCCAGAGGACAAAGGUCAGACUAAGGCCACACCCAACCAGGAAAUUAAAUACAAGCGCCCUCCACCCCGACCCCCCAUCGUGGGCUCAGGGUCUGGGAUGGGCCUUCUCUUCUCUUCUCCCCCCUCGCCUCACACUUCAUCUUCUACAACUCCAGCAGCUGCGAGAAAAGAGGAAGGAAAGGGAGGAGGAGGGGAGAGAGAAGAGAGGAAGUCAAUGUCAACAUCACCUUCUCCGUCAAGGCCUCCUGCCCCGCUGCAGAGCCGAGCAGCUCCCCCUCUGCCUCCUGCUCCUCUCCGUCGCACCUCUUCCAGGAAGAACGCUGACCGAGAGGUAGGAGAGGGGACGGAGAGAGAGAAGGGACAAAAUCCCGCAAAGAAAAGUGGGGGAGGAGACAAAGGAGAGGAGAAAACAGGAGGGAAAUCAGGUCUGUUGGGUGAAGCGGUUGAACAAGAGAGCAGGAGCCAAACUCAAGAGGAGGAGAUUAAAAAGGACAGAGAGAAGAGAGAGAGAGAGGAUGAGAAGGAGGAAAAAGAGGUGAAACUGGAUAAAGAGGAGGACCAACAAAAAUCCAGUUCCCAGUGUCCGUCAUUAAUGAAGAGACCGUCCCGUCCAGUCCCUCCACCCAGGAGGAAACCAUGUCCCCCGGACGCACCUGUCUGCCCCAACCAGGCUGGAGGAGGAUUAGCCAAUCAGAGUGCUGGGACGAGAGGCCCCCCUCCCUCGCCAGCGCGGCGGCCGGAUGUGUCGCUGUACUCGCCACAAGGGGGCGCCGUUCUGGCCACCGACCCUGACUCCUGCUCUACCAGCAGCACAGAAGAAGAGGGAGAGGCGAACCAGGAACAGGAGCAGAACCACAGUCGCCCUGCAGAGAGCCGUAAUCCCAAGGCAGCGGUGAGGAGGACCCCUACAACCGUUAUUUUGGGCCGAGCCCGCCACCGCCUGUCCACCGUCAUCACCGGCCUCAUCAGCCAGGACCGCCGCCUCACGCAGCGCAUAGUAGAGCUGGCCAGGGACCCUCUGAGCUACUUUGGUAACCUGGUGAAAGAGCAUCGUGCGUUCACGUUGGAGACCAUGUCGAACCACUCCACCUCCACCGAGCUGUUACAGGAGAUCAGGCAGAUGAUGACUCAGCUGAAGAGUUAUCUGCUGCAGAGUGCAGAGCUGCAGGCCAUGCUGGAGCCACAACAUCAGCAUGUACAAGACAAAAUAGAGAGCAUAGUGGAAGCCGCUCUGUGUAAGAGUGUACUGAAGCCACUGAGGGAGCCAAUCUACCAAAGUCUGGAGAAGCUGCACAACAAAGACAACAGCCUGAAACAGCUGACACAGAACCAGUCUAUUGUCCUAGGCAGCACCACCACAGCAUUGGGAGUGACCACAUCUGUCCCCGAGGCCACUGCUAUGGAGAAGAUCAGCAUCAAACUGAACAACCUCCAUCUGGAGUACUCUCCUCAGAAGAAGAUCGAGCUGCUGCUGAAGGCCUGCAAGAUCAUUUAUGACUCCAUGUCUAUCAGCUCUCCAGGGCGGGCCCAUGGUGCUGAUGACUUCCUGCCUGUAAUGAUGUACGUCCUGGCUAGAUCCAAUCUGUCUGCCUUGCAGCUGGAUGUUGAAUAUAUGAUGGAGCUGAUGGAUCCAUCACUAACAAUAGGAGAAGGUUCCUAUUAUCUGACCACCACCUACGGGGCUCUGGAGCACAUUAAGACGUUCGACCAGCAGAGGUCAGCAACACGGCAGCUCAGCAGAGAGGUUCAGGACUCCAUCCAUCGCUGGGAGAGACGACGCACACUCAACCAAGAGCGCACGGCCCACGGAUCUGUUCGGGACUUUCUGACAGUGUGUUGUCCGGAGAUUGGAACCAACCCAAAGACUCUGGGUGUCCUCCCCACCACGACAGUCGAGCAGCUGUCUGAGCAGUGUGCUUCACGCUUCGAACAAGACUCCUACACUCUCAGUGUGUAUAUGGAUGGUGUUCCCCGGCCCCUGGCCUCUACAGAGCUGGCCCUCAGUGUUAAGAACAGCUGCCAACCUGGAGCCUACUGUUUUGUCUAUCACCCUAUCGACCAAUCCAACCACCAGCCCGUCCGCAGCUGCCCCACUGACCCGCCCCCGGCUCCACCUGCAGAGAACUUCCUCCCAGCUGACACAGCAGCUGUCGACGCUGCAGAGCCAGAGCCAGAGCCAGAGCCAGAGCCAGAGCCAGAGGCGGAAGAGAAGAGUUUGAUUAGCCUUUAACUGCUCCAGCAUCACAGUGGCAGCUGCUGUUAUCACUAUGGCAACUACAUUGCUGCAGCGACUGAAUCAGCAACGUGCUAAUUCAAAAGAAGAUAACCACAUUUAGGAAAGGUUUUUAGUCCCAGGCCUCACCUGAAAUAUUAAUGUAAUUCAGACUUCAAAUGGAAAAAUAUGUGGAUUAGUGCAUGCAAGAUAUGUCACAGAAUUGAAUGUGAUGAAACAUAUUUGGUGUUUUUAAUUAACAAGUCUCUGACUGGUCUGAUGCCACAUGCUUCAUUCAUCACCAAAGAGAGCAGAGGAGACAACAAAGAGAUGGAGACUGGUUUUAUAUCUUCAGAAGGGGUCUGGAACCCCGAGGACUGUUUUUAAAAAUGCAUGUAAUUCUAAAAUGAUCAUGUUUAUACUGUUUAUACUCUCUGAAACUUGAUGCUACUCUAUCCUCAAAACCUCUGCUUCAAACUGGGCCAGACUGUAAAUGACGGACGACUUGAUUCAGGAUUACAUUAACAAGAUGAAUCUGUCAUUUCUAGAAGCAGCAGCCACACUUGUUUAAAGGGCUAAUGGUUUUUUUUUCAAAGCAGAGGUAUGGUAGGUGCUACAUGGAUCAAAACCUUCAUUUUCAUUCCAAGAACCCCAGUAAAGGUCAAGAGGUUUCAUUCCUCAUCUUUCUUCUAUAUACAGGAAGUGACUGUGUUGUAAAUAAACAGUUUGCACACUU